AUGAACUACAUCAAGACACAAUUGGAGCAGCAGGAACCAGUACAGUCUAACCAGUCAGAGCUGCAGGAGGAGGAGGAGGAAGAGGACUACUUUGACAUCAUGAAAGACAUCGUCCAAGUAACCUCUAAGCAGCUGAAUGUACACCUGGCCAGCACAGAUACCACCAUGGACGUUCUCAAAUCAGUGCCUGCUGUGUACAGAUUGUUGCUUAAGGUAAAUACGCCCUUGCUUGCCUCUGCAGUCUGUGAGAGACUCUUCAGCUCAGCAGGACAUAUUUUCACCCCCAAAAGAGCUUUAACUUUCCUUGGGUUUAUAAAUGUGAUCUUCACUUCCAAUAGGUAUCUUCUGGAAAAUGGUGCUGAUCCAAACAUCCAAGAUAAGACCGGAAAAACAGCUUUGAUUCAUGCAUGCAUCGAACAAACUGGAGCUGAAAUUCUGUUACUCCUCCUGAGCAGUGGAGCUGAUCCAACUCUGGAGGAUCAUGCAGGCUUAUCAGCAUUGGUUUAUGCUGUCAAUUCAGGCAACAGGGACAUCCUCAGGCUCCUCCUGGAUGCCUGUAAAGCCAAAGGGAAGGAAGUCAUCAUCAUCACCACCAACAAACUGCCAUCCGGCCAUCAGAUGACAAAGCAAUACCUCAAUGUUCCUCCACCUCCAGACCUUGAGGAGCAUCUGCAUUACACCCCAACAUCUUGUUGCUUGUCUCCAUAUCCUCCUCCUACUUCACAGGGCUUCACAGCAGCUGCUUCUUUACAACCUGUUAGCCCCCUUCUUGGCUUCAAGGAUCCCCAGUAUUUGGUCUCAAGGCCUGGUUUAGACCCAUCUCAAUCAGGUUCUCCAAUCCAACAUCCUAGUCCUUUAUGUGUUCCUGGUGUGGAUAAACAACUUAAUCAUCUUUACUCAGAGCAGUGGUCUAAAAGUCCUUGCCUGCUGUUCCAGCAGAGCCAGGCCUCCUCUCUGACAGAGGAGCCGGUAGAAAUUACACCUGAGGAGGAGCAGUCCUUCAUAGUCAAUGGUCUCACCUUUCACAGAAGACCUCCAGCUGUGUCAAGGCACAACAGCAUCAAUGUCAAAGAUGAAACAGGGCUUCUGAAAGCACUAGAAAACAUGUCAGUAAAUGAGAAUAGGGGAGGAGGUGGAAGACGAGGCUUUGGUAGAAAGAUGUCAUAUGACAGUGCUGCAAGUUUACAACAUUCUGCUUCACACCCAAACUUGCAUCAAAGCAGUCUCCCCUUUCCCCAUGAAUCCAGUCCUGUGGAUAAAGAUUCCUCUGACUGUCUCAGAGAAUUUAAUGUUUACAGUCUGCAAAAUGUGGUCCAUCUGCAGAACAUUGGUAUUGACCACUACAGUUCUGACUCUCAGUUACCACAGUUUGGCAGCCGAGACAAUAGCUCCAAGAAGAUUGGUGGAGUUAAAGUGGAAGCAGAAAAGCACAAGCUGAGCCACAGAUCCUCCGCUCUGUCAGGUUCCAGGGAGUCCUUAGAUGGCUCUGUCCAAAGACGGAGCAUUGCCAGGCUGGAGCGAAGAGCAUCAGGGGCCAUUAUUUCGGAUCACAUCGCCCACGCUCGCCCUGGAUACCUCCCUCCUCUGAAUCCACAUGCACCUAUACCAAAUAUUGGGGUCAAUUCUAGCUCGUUCUACCCUUUUUGUAGAAGUAGCAAGACAUUGAAUCAAAUUGAAUCAGGGUCAAAGCUGUUCUUCCUUGUGCACCUGUUUUCCCUAGGGAUCUAAAAGCCAAGAAAAUGCUGUGGAGACGACACUCAAUGCAGAGUGAGCAGAUAAAACAGCUGUUCAACUUUGAAACUUUUUGCCACUAGAAUUAAAU